AUGUUCCCCAGUAGCGUAUAACGAGCAGCAGUGUGUGAAUGUGGCAACCGAGGUAGACAGGGAGGGGUAGAUAGACUGACCAGACUAGGCUUUUUUUUGUUGUCUUUUGUCUUUAUUUUUAUUUUCUUACAGAACCAAGUGUUUACAGUCUAUGUUCCGCCCCGGUGGUGAACUUGUUCGUAGCGCAGUAAAACCCGGCCGCCGCUGCUUUUCUUUGGGACUAACCGUUAUCGUUGUGAAAACAGCCCAGAAGAAAGAAGGAAAGGGAGAAACAACAUGGGGCGAUAAUAAAAAAAAGAAGGUGCUGUGAACCGACGAUGACUCUCUGGGAGGAUCCGUGAAGCUUAUUUAUUUUUUAUUUAUUCCCCCCUCCCUUUCCCGUGUGUCCCUUUUUGGGGGGGUUUUAUUUCUACAUUUUUCUACCCUCCUUGCUACUUUGGGAGGUUGUUGGGUUUUUUUUUUUUUCAAUAAGGAAAAGGCAACGGGAUACGUUACAAGAGGACUGGAAGAUGGACCAAGCCGGCAUCCUGAGAAAGUUUAUCCAGGGGGUGAAGGCCAUGAGCGAGGGGGACGAGGAGAGGGGAGAGGACAACUUCGGCAGCGACUUUAUGAGGUUACGGCGGUUAUCAACGAAAUACCGGACAGAGAAGAUCUACCCCACCAACGUAGGAGAGAGGGAGGAGAAUGUCAAGAAGAACAGAUAUAAAGAUAUACUGCCGUUUGAUCACACCAGGGUGAAGCUGGCGUUAAAAACGACCAAUCAGGACACAGACUACGUCAAUGCUAACUUCAUUAAGGGUAUGGAUGGCCCAGAGGCCUAUAUUGCAACUCAGGGCCCACUGCCGAACACUGUCAUCGACUUCUGGAGGAUGAACUGGGAGUACAACGUAGCUGUUAUUGUAAUGGCUUGUCGAGAGUUUGAGAUGGGAAGGAAAAAGUGUGAGCGGUAUUUCCCGCUACUUGGGGAGGAUCCCAUGAGUUUUGGCCCUUUCAGAAUCUCCUGUGAAUCCGAGCAGGCCAGAACAGACUACUUUAUCAGGGCUUUGACGGUGGAGUACGAGAAUGAAACUCGGAGGAUAACACAGUUCCAUUAUAUGAACUGGCCGGAUCACGACGUGCCCUCAUCGUUUGACUCCAUACUGGAUAUGAUCGGACUAAUGAGAGAGUACCAAGAGAAUGACGACGUGCCCAUAUGCGUGCACUGCAGUGCAGGCUGUGGGAGGACGGGUGCUAUCUGUGCUAUCGACUACACAUGGAACCUCCUCAAAGCUGGGAAAAUACCAGAAGAUUUUAAUGUUUUUCGGUUGAUCCAAGAGAUGAGGACGCAACGACACUCUGCCGUUCAGACCAAGGAGCAGUAUGAGUUGGUUCAUAAAGCAAUCGCUCAGCUCUUUGAGAAACAACUACAGCUACUGGAGAGCCCCACCAACACGCAGAUACACGAUGGCAUGGAUGAAAGAAGUCCAGAUAAAGCAGGCCACCAGUCAGAUGAUGAGAGAUGGGACACACCACCUCCAAAACCUCCCCGCAUACGCAGUUCCCAGGCAGAAGGUGAUGUAAAGGAGGAGAUACUUCAGCCCCCGGAGCCUCACCCUGUACCUCCUAUUCUGACCCCGUCUCCCCCUUCAGCCUUCCCCACUGUCACCAACGUACGGCAGGACAACGACCGCUACCACCCCAGACCUGUCAUACAUGUAAUGGCAACCACACAGGCGCAGAAUAAAGACGCGGACAAGCAUCAGAACAAGUCAGAACCCAGUCCAAACAAGCAAAGGAGUCCCUCAGAGCAUAAAGACCAAGAUCUACAAACUCAGAAGCAGCAGACUCAGGUGUCAAAUCUGGAUCUCAACGAGAACUACAACAACAAAUUGUCUUCAACGUCGACAAAGACAGAAUCAGGCCAAGGCCAGACUCCAUCGUCGCCCCUCUCCCCUUCUGUUGAAUGUUCUGGUGUUCCUCGGAUCGAGAGGAAGCUGAGCAUUGAGAUAAAAAAGGUGCCGCUACAGGAAGGACCUCGUAGUUUUGACACUUCCUCCUCCAUGGGAGUAGCCGGCACAGUCAGCAGCGGUUCAGCCAAUAGCGCGGGAGUGCUGCAAAGAAGCCACGCCUUCAAAGCCAGAGCUGGCCAAUCCCUGCUGACAUCUAGCUCCUCGCUGUCAGAGGACUCAGGCACUGAAGGAGGAGGAGGAGCAGGCGGAUGUGGGGAGAGUCCAGCAGAUGGAGGUGGAGUUCUCACCCGACCGAACCACCUCCCUGUGAAGAGCGAGAAGGGGGAGACGCUGGGAGGGGAGAGAGCGGAGAUGAAGGCUGGUCACGCAGCGUGGGCUCAGGCCUGCAACAGCCCAGAUAAACAGUUCCCCAAAACCUCUUCCUCCUCUUCCUCCUCAGAGCGUGUCGCACCUUCCUCCUCAUCCUCCUCCCACCUCUCCUCUUCCUCGUCCUCCUCGUCCUCCACUCCCGUUAGGACUGCCCUGAGUUUCACCAACCCCCUGCACUCCGACAACUCGGACGAGGAGGGGGACGGAGAGAUGUCCGGAGGAAGGGAGGGUUGUCGUACUAAUGUUUCCACGGCGACGGCCAUGGUAACUGCAUCCCCUCAGCACGGAGACCAGCAGCCGGUCCGGAAGGUGUUGCCCAUGUCGAUCGCAGGGCGAAGCUCUCCGUCACCCUCUGCAAACACAGCAAACUGCUGGGACAGCGAUGACUCCCCUCCCCCCCUCCCUGCGAGAACCCCCGAGUCCUUCAUACUGGCCACAGACCCUCUGGAGGUGAAAUCGCCGGCCUCAGCUGAGUGGAGUGGUUCACAUAAAGAUGUGUCAGAGUGCGUUAAGAAGACAUCUCCAGCUGACCCUGCAUCUGCUGGCACCACGGCAACAGACAGCAAGGCAGACCUGGGUGGGGUUCGGUAACCGCUGCAUUCAGCCCAAAGGCCCCCGGGAACCCCCCCUGGAGUGGACAUGAUGGAACGGUCCAUAUGCCAUUCCACCAACAGUGAUGCCAGGAGAUGGACUCUAACGAUUUCACCAGACUGGUCCAGAAAAAAACACAAACAAACAAAAGAAAACAACACAAGUUGACAGAUGCUACACAGACUGACAACAGCACAAUUUUACACAGAAACACUUUCUGUGUAAAAUUGUGCCAACACCCUCUCCAGACUGAGCCCCUCCUCCUCAUCCUCCUCCUCCUGCUCCUCAGUCCUUCCUUCAAAGUGCCACUGUGCAAAAGCAGACGAACACUCGCCCGUCAAGUGGCUUGUCCAUUUUAGAACAAAGCCCGCAUUUUUCCUGCUCAGCUUGCUGAUGUUGGAGGUUUUGACUUCUCUAGACGCUGACCUGGGAUCAGUCUGGUUAUUUCCUGUUCAUGGUUAAAGGAUAAUUCCUGUUUUUCUUCCUCUUGUUAGUGACUUGAGAGUUUUUUCUCUCUGAGCUGUAGACACAUCAUGGAUAUAUUUAUCCAUUCUAAGACUAAACAAAGAGGGAUGUAGGUGUACAUGUUCAUUAAAAAGUGUUAAAUUAACAGGAAGUUUUCUUUCAAACCAAAUGAGAAAGUUUUUCGUCACAAAUCAGGAAUUAUCUUUAAUCAAAAAAAAGCUACUGUGGGAAGCCACUUCCUGAGGUUUAACUCAACUCCCAGAAGGUGUCCGCUUCCUCCUACUGAAUGAACAACAAUCUUCAAAGCUAGAUAAUCUGUUACCCAUGAUGCAACCUUUUCUGUUGGGUAUGUACAGGUUGCCAGGGUGCUCUCUCUCUCUCUCUCUCUCUCUCUCUCUCUCUCUCUCUCUCUCUCUCUCUUUUCCUCUCUCUAUGUGCUGGUGCUACAUUACAAAGGAUCAAUGUAGAAACAGAAGGACUCGAGCUGACUGUUAGCUGCACUAUCGUCCGCUCUAGUGCUCCAUGUUUCUACACUGACCUCCCUGUUUACCAGAGUCAUAGGUUUGUAUAGUUUGGUCAUUGCAGUGGUCAGGGAGAGUCCUGCUCUGUGGACGAUACAGAGCGUAUUGUUUGACACUUUUGGAGAUGAGCUUAUCCACUUUCCUGCUGACAGUUAAAUGAGAAGUUUAAUAUCACUUCAACGUCUGCGCCAUAAGUAUGUAGCUAGAGCCAGAAGCUGCUAAUGCCGAGUUCAUACUACAAGAUUGUAGUGCUGAGGCAAAUUGGCUCUCUGUCGCUGUGUUUUAACUGUUCAAAGAUGUGAUCCCAGGGCUUGCCGAUGCCUUGCAUGCGUCCUAAAGAAUAUCAGUCUGGCUAAAUAUCUUGUUGUGUCGGGACCAGUGACAGCACACAUGAGAAGGACAGACAAAGGAGUCCAUAUUCUUUUCUUUUUCCUAUUUGUAUUUUACCAGCAAAACAUCCUCAAACAACCACUCGUUUCUGUUGACAUAUGUUAUGGAAGAAAAAAAAACAUCAUAUCGCAUCAUUUCCAUGUCACCUCUCGGGCGUGUUUUUAAGGCAAAGUGUAGUUGCGAGACCAGAUCAGACUCGUGAGUUAUUCUGAAGUGAUCUGACAACUUUGAAAGUCUUGCAGUGUGACCAAGGCGGCUUUAUCUUAGCUCAGCGUAAGGAAAUGUAACAGAAUUGCUCCAGAGCAUAUGUAAUGCUAGUUUCAUUGUAUUUAUUUAAACUGCACAACUACUGAAAGAGUAUGGCAAGUUUUGGUUUGACGUCGGACUGCUGGACUAUUUCUUGAGAGGGUGCAGUUACUACCUCCAGAAAUUAGAUUGGAACAUAACUCCACUCAGAUUUUUUAUUUUUUUACACUUCUGUUUAUGGACCGAUCAAACAAAUGAGAUGUAAAUUGCUAAUUAGCCAGUUGUAGAGAAGAGGGAAGGGGGACUUUAUUAGCUUAUAACACAGCUGGCCUAGCUGUUUCCCUCUGGUUCCAGUCUUUAUGCUAAGCUAAGCUAAAUGCACUGCUUGCAGUACCAUCACAUCUACUGUACAUACUUGAGAGUGGUAUUGAAUUUUCCGACAAAACUCUCAGCAAGAAAUUAAACAAGACUAUUUUCUGAAAUGUCAGAGCAUUCCUGUAAAUAUCGGGUCAUUCUGUGGCACUGGACAUUAAAUAGCCAUUCUGACAUCUUAGUGUGGCAAUUGAAAGUAAAGCUGAAUGCAUAGAUAAUUAAAAUCACUCACUUUUUUUUGGGGGGGGGGGGCGUUCAGACACAAAGCCGCUUAAAACACAAUCCCAAAAGGUAAGUCAUUGUGACAUUGCACAGUUUGCAUAUGUCUUAUUGGCCCAAAGAGCGAUGUUACCUUCUCAAGUGUUUCGCAAUAAAAGCAAAGAGAAAAAAAAGCAGACAAUUUGUCUGACACCUGUUUAAAGCCAGAUGGGUUAAAUGACCUGAAAACACAUCAGUCUGUCAGUAAUGACCAAACUGAUCAUCUCUGUGACUCUGGUGGCUCUCACUGCUGGGACCAUGAGUCUGCCUUAGUCUGCCUCUCAGAGAAGACAGCCAAUGACAGUCCUCCAUAAUCUGGCUUCUCUCUUCAGUAAAUCUCUCUCUCUCUCUCUCUCUCUCUCUCUCUCUCUCUCUCUCUCUCUCUCUCUCCAUCUCUCUGUGUAUUUGGCUUCUCUUGAUUUUUACUUGGGACUCAAAUCCACAGUUUAUUUCUGAUUUCUUUUUGUAUUUUUUCUGUUGUUGUUGUUUCUGUAGUCAUUCUCCUCCUUCUGAGGCCCUGAGAUGUCCGACCACGCAAGUCAGUUUACUCACAAUGAACCUCAGUGUUACGCAUCACCUGAAACUCUUACAGGAUGUCACAGACUACAACACCCCCUCUCUCUGCAAUUCAGACUUGCGUGGUUUCUCAUCUGACGGCCGUGUUUAACAGUCACCUGCUUCUGUCUGUGUGAGACAAAGAUCCAGUAAGACCACAGCAGCUAGGGACCCAGGACUACUGUUUUUCUCCUGAUUUGUAUUGUUCUCUGCUAACUCCUCCUCCAUUAGCUACCAUAACUAUACAGUAUAUGCAUUGUUUUAUAAAGAUAAAGAACUGUACAGGGCAGUUUAGGUAUAUAGUAUUUCAGAUUUUUUCUUUUUGUUAUCUCUUAAAUAUUCUUAUUAACAGAAGAUGUAAGAAAGUCAGUGCAUGAUGAUGAUGAUGACGACGAUGAUUCCUCCCCCUCCACCAUGUUUCCCCUACAAACUGUAAAUUAUUCUGCUGCCCUUUUGUUUUUGCUUCGGGCAAAUAUUUCAGGGUUUUUAUUUUUAUGUUGGAAUUAUAUGCUUAAAAAGAUUUUUCUCUUUUUGUUUUGUUUUAAUUGAUCAGCAGAGGAAACGGAUCGAUCGAACCAAGCCCCCCACCCCUCCCCCCACCCCUUUGCAGAUAGCUACAACGGGCUUCGAAAUAAGAUUGUAAUAAUAAUAUUAAUGAUGAUGAUGAUGAUGAUAAUAAUAAUAAUGGUCGUUUUUUUUGUAAAUGGUAUUUUAAAGUUAUUUUUGUAUACGCGGUUGUUUGUUGCGUCACAAGUCCACUGCUCCCCCCACUUCUCUCUCCUCUUUUCAUCCAUUCUUCUUUACACUUUUAGAUUUCUUCCUGUCUCUCAGCUCGCUCCUUGUAAUGUAAAACAUGCAGCUGAGAUGGAUCUCCUGCUCUGGACAAGGAGCAUCUCAUUAUUUUUCUCUUCUCUUGCUUCCUCCGUACUUCCCCUGCUGUUUUUCUCUCUUUUAUCCCCCUCCCUCCCUCCCUCCUUCCCUGCCACCCUCCUUCCCUCGCCUCUGCCUUUUUUUUUUAAAAAAACCCUGUCCUUCUCAACACGUCUGUCUGACAGCAGAGCGGACCACUUUAGCGAAGCAUCUUGAACUUGUCAGUGGUUCAGAGCAGCAAAAUUCGGACUCUUGGACGUGUUCAGAAGCAGUCUUUUAAACUUUCUUAUCAAUUUUCUUUCUGUUUCUCCAGCACAUCUACUUGCCUAUCCCCCCUUCACGUGCACACAAGCCUCGAUCUCAGAAAACGAGCCCACCUGUGCCUUUAAGUGAGAGCCCGCCCUCCCCCUGCCUCCCUCCCCCCUCUUUCUCCUCCAAUCAUCAUUAGCGGCGUGAGCGUAAGCGAUGUGAUUCGCUGCUGCUUGCUCAUUGCCUCCUGUGGGCCUCUCGUUCAGCGCCUCCCCCUCAUCACAGACCGUAAACACACACACAGACACACACACACCCCAAAAUGUUUGUAUGUUGCAGAAAUCAAUCAGUAAAAAUGAACAUUACGUAAAGACA